GUGGGCCUUCUCUUCACUUCUCUGUGCCCACGUUGGCACUGCCUGGCUCCUCGGAGAAUGGGCCGGUGCGGCAAAGGGGGGCCUUGUGUGGGGGUGCCUGCUCGUGCCCUCCGAGAUGGGGGUCCGGCCUUCCCCAGAUGCCUUCGUCCCUUGGGGCCCUGGGUGAACCGUGGAGGCAGCGGCCUCCCAGCCCUUGUGUGCCCAUUAAAGCUCCGUGGAAGGCUGGCACCGUUUUCUGAUUUCUGGGCCCGGCCUCAGGAAGAAGCGAGGCCCUGGCUGUGUGAGUGCGCGUGGCCUCGAGUAGGCGCAGGUCUGUGCUGGAAGGAGGGAGUUUGCACUCUGGGACCUCCCUGUGCUGACCAAAUGCCCGCUAGGAUUCUGGGAUGGAGACGGAGCGUGCGGGGCCUGCUUGGCACGGCCGGCCCGCUCGGUCCUCGGCACAUCCUCUCUGUCUUACAGGUGCUGCCCAGCGAGGAAUCCUCCGACAGCACGCCUGACAGCUUGGCUCUAGGCCUUCGAGGCUUCCCUCACACGCAGGCCUCAGAGCCCGAGGCCAAGGGCUUCCAGCACGAAGUCAGCCCCACGCUCUGGACCAUGAUGCAGCGCAUGGAGGAGAUGGAACGAUGCCAGGAGGCCGUCCGGCAGAGAUUCAGCCAGAUGGUCUACGCCGAUCCCGACUUCGAUUUGGGGACCAAGAGGGGGAGGAGCGGCCCGUCUUGUGGCCUCGGUGCCCGAGGGACCCGGCGGGCAGAGGCGCCUCUUUGCUCUUGUCUGAAUCUUGAUGACGGAGAAACUUGGAGACGGUCACCUGAGAGCCACUGGCGGGCAGCUGGCCCUGAGUACAGAAAAGGCCCAGCAGUAAAUGAGAGGCCAAGGCCGCCUCACCCAAUCCAGCUCACCAAGAGGGCAGCCAGUUGGGAGCCCGCAGCCACCGUCUUGCUUGAAAAACCUCUGGAUGAGAAGUAUUUUGAUGAAAGUAUGGACAUGGAGGAAAGAGGGGAGAAGAAAGCCCCCCUUCGCCCUGUGCCCCCGACGCUGCCCCAGCAGCCAGAGGGCAGCACCCUCCUCUCUGUGCCCCGGGAGACGCUGCGCAGCCUUGGCGACUACCAGGACAGCUACCAGCAGUAUCUCCGGACCAUCUCUCACGAGUCCGUCGGCUCCUUCAACCCGUGGAUUAUAGUGGAGAGCCUGGCAGAAGAGCUGGUCGAGGAAGCCCUGGAGGACGUAGCAGCCGAGCUCCAGGAUGUGUGCGAGGAUUAUGCCGAGGCCGUGUUCACGUCGGAGUUCUUAGAACCUUCCAAGUAAAGGCUGCCAGGUUCUAGAGCCGGGGGCCGAGGCCCUGCCAGGACCACGACCUCCCAAACCUUCCCUCGUGUCUGUUUGCCCCUUGCAAUGAAUGAAGCCUGGCAGCACCUGCUGUCCUCUGCACACACGGGCAUUAUCCUCCCCAUGGCUGGUCACUUGGCGAGGGCAGAGGAGGGCUGGGGGGGGGCAGGUCUGGGGGCGCUGGGGGGGGGCUUCUCCAGGGCCCAACCCGGGGCGAGGAAGACUCCUCGGGAGGAAGGCCUCGGGCCCCCUCCAGCCCCGAGAAGCGACAGGAGCCUGCUCGGCGCACUCCUGGCACCGGUAGGCCCGGCCACCUUUCUUCCCAGGGACUCCCUCCUGGAAGUGGGCCGAGCCUCGGUCAGCGGCCGUCCGACCUCAGCAGCCUUCGUGGCGGUGGGGCUGGCGGGCAGGGUGAAGCCGCCAGCGGGCACUGGGGGGGACAGUUGGUGCAGCAAGUUCCAGGAUUAGUCCCACCUCAGGGGGGUGUGAACUGGCUG